CGGGCGGAGCCAAGUCGCUCGUGAUUCAUGCUGUCGCGGGAGGCCCGAGGGCGGAGCCCCACGUGAGGCGAGGAUGACCCGAAGUUGCUCCGCAGUGGGCUGCAGCACCCGGGACACCGUGCUGAGCCGGGAGCGCGGCCUCUCCUUCCACCAAUUUCCAACUGACACCAUCCAGCGCUCACAAUGGAUCAGGGCUGUUAAUCGUGUGGAUCCCAGAAGCAAAAAGAUUUGGAUUCCAGGACCAGGUGCCAUACUGUGUUCCAAACACUUUCAAGAAAGUGACUUUGAGUCAUAUGGCAUAAGAAGAAAGCUGAAAAAAGGAGCUGUCCCUUCUGUUUCUCUAUACAAGGUGCCUCAAGGUAUACACCUUAAAGGUAAAGCAAGACAAAAAAUCCUAAAACAACCACUUCCAGAUAACUCUGAAGAGGUUGCUGCUGAGGAUCACAACUAUAGUUUAAAGACACCUUUGACAGCAGGUGCAGAGAAACUGGCUGAGGUGCAACGGAUGUUACAAGUGUCCAAAAAAAGGCUUCUCUCUGUAAAAAACUACAGGAUGAUCAAGAAGAGAAAGGACUUACAAUUAAUUGAUGCACUUGUAGAAGAGAAGCUACUUUCUGAAGAGACAGAGUGUCUGCUCCGAGCUCAAUUCUCAGAUUUUAAGUGGGAGUUAUACAAUUGGAGAGAAACAGACGAGUACUCCACAGAAAUGAAACAAUUUGCAUGUACCCUCUACUUGUGCAGUAGCAAAGUCUACGACUAUGUAAGAAAGAUUCUUAAGUUGCCUCAUUCUUCCAUCCUCAGAACGUGGUUAUCCAGAUGCCAGCCCAGUCCAGGCUUCGACAGCAACGUUUUUUCUUUUCUGCAGCGAAGAGUGGAGGGCGGAGACCAGCUGUACCAGUACUGCUCGCUGAUCGUAAAAAGCGUGUCCCUCAAGCAGCAGCUGCAGUGGGACCCCCGCAGUCACAGUUUGCAGGGGUUUAUGGACUUUGGUCUGGGAAAACUCGACGCCGAUGAGACACCACUUGCCUCGGAAACGGUUUUGUUAAUGGCAGUGGGUAUCUUUGGCCACUGGAGAACACCUCUGGGUUAUUUCUUUGUAAACAGAGCGUCCGGGUGUUUGCAAGCUCAGCUGCUUCGUCUGACGAUCGGCAAACUGAGUGACAUCGGGAUCACAGUCCUGGCUGUCACCUCGGACGCCACGGCGCACAGCGUUCAGAUGGCAAAAGCGCUGGGCAUCCACAUGGACGGCGACAGCGUGAAGUGCACCUUCCAGCACCCGGCGUCCUCCAGCCAGCAGGUCGCCUACUUCUUUGACUCCUGCCACUUGCUGAGACUGGUGAGAAACGCGUUCCAGAAUUUUCAAAGCAUCCGUUUUAUCAGCGGCACAGCGCACUGGCAGCACCUGGUGGAGCUGGCAGCACUGGAGGAGCAGGAGUUAUCGAAGAUGGAAAGAAUCCCGGGGAAGCUUGCAAAUCUGAAAAAUCAUGUCCUGAAAACGAAUUGCGCUGCCCAGCUGUUUAGCGAGAGCGUAGCCAGAGCACUGGAGUACUUGCUGUCGCUAGGCCUGCCGCCUUUCCAAAACUGCAUCGGGACCGUCCACUUUCUGCGCCUAAUUAACAAUCUCUUUGACAUUUUUAACAGCAGGAAUCGGCACGGGAAGGGACUUAAGGGGCCCCUGUUGCCUGAGACGUACGGCCGAAUAAACCAGGUGCUGAUCGAAGCCAAGACCAUCUUUGUCACACUGUCUGACGCCAGCAAUAACCAGAUCAUCAAAGGCAAGCAGAAACUGGGAUUCCUGGGGUUUCUACUCAACGCCGAGAGCUUAAAAUGGCUUUACCAAAACUACGUUUCCCCAAAGGUCAUGCCUCUUCCGUACCUUCUGACUUACAAAUUCAGUCAAGAUCACCUGGAAUUAUUUCUAAAGGCGCUCAGGCAGGUCCUGGUGACCAGCUCCAGCCCGACCUGCGGGGCAUUCCAGAGAGCGUACCAUCACUUGCAGACCAGCUGCAGGUCUCAAGACGAGGCCUACCUGAGUGACGUCAGCCUCUUUGACAUGUCGGUGGCUCGCAGGAAAGACCUGGCCCUCUGGGCAGUUCAGCGCCAGUACGGCGUCAGCACGGCCGAGACCCCCUUUCCCACGGAGGGCAUCUGGCAAGACUGGUCCGCCUGUCCGCUGAGCGAGGCGUUGCUGGACCUGUCGGACCACGGGCGCAGGCUCGUCUGCUACGCCGGUUAUAUUGCAAAUAAGUUAGCCGCCCUGUUGACGUGUGAGGAGUGCAUCAGGGUGCUGUACGCGUCGGAUCUCAAAGCCUCUAAAACUGGGUCCCUGUUGUGCGUUAAAAAGAAGAACGGUUUGCAUUUUCCUUCAGAAAGUCUCUAUCGGGUCGUAAAUACGUGUGAGCAAGUUGUGCGAACCCAUGCAAGAAUGGCAACUUCUGAACUGGUCCCUAAGCAGAGGGAGUAUCUCCAACAGAAAAUACUCCAUGAGCUUUCUGGGAAUGUCUGUCUUUUUGUAGACUUAGACGUGCAUCUCUUUGAUGGCGAAGCGUGUGCCGUCAAUCACUUUGUCAAGCUGCUAAAAGAUAUAAUAAAGUGUUUCUUAACCAUCAGAGCUACAGAUGUAGCUCAGUACCCUUUAAAACAUCACUCGGAAAGAACUGAGAGGGAAACUUGACCAAGGAAGCACUGGUCAUCCUUACAGGAUUACAAAUGUUCAAGUUUUGCUAAUACUAAUAAAUUCAGGCAUUUGCCAUGUAAUGACGGAUAUCCAUUCAAAUGA